AUGCAGAAUGGGAGAAGGUCGCCUCCCAGUCGGACCCCGGGGCCCAGCUCGGUGCCGAAUGACCUGGAUGGGCAGCUCUUGGUCGCGACUUCGGGCUGUACCUGCGGAUCGGCUCAUCAGUUGGAGGAGGAGUGCCAACGAUUAGCUGCGCAAAGCUACGGCCUCGCGACGCGCCUGGACUCAGUGGUGGCCCGCGAGGAAGAGAUGGACCAGAGCCUAGAAGGUCUAGAUUUAGACAUCGAGCGAAUGGAGAUCGCUGAGGAAGAGCUGCGAUGGUCCAGGGAUGAUACAGAAGCUGCGUGUGCGGAAGCGGAGGCGUUGCUGCAAGCCGCUGCAGCCAAAGCGAAGGCCCUUGGAGCUGCGCAAGAGAAGCUCGAAGAGCAAGCUGCGACACUCAAGCACUUGGAGAUGGAGGUGGAGGGAAAAGAGCGUGAUUUGGCACAAGAUGAAUCGGACUUGUUUGAGGCAAGAAACCGGAUUGACGAUCAAGUCGAGCGCAUGCGACGUGAGUUUGACCAGAUCGAAAAGGAGACGCAGCUCCUACAUCUGGAGUUUGAGGAAGCUGUACAACAGCUCGACGAAGUGGAACGGGAAGAGUGGGCCUUGCAUGAGGACAAACGUCUUCUUGGGGAGAUUGAGGCCCAGGUGGAGCCUGUGCGACGUCGUCUGGUUGAGCGAGAAAGACGCCUUCACUUUGAGGAAGAAGAAUUGAAGGCUCAGGAGGCGGAUUGUGAAGAGAAGGAGGCCCAGUUUUUGCCGGCAUACCAACAAGCACAGCAAGCCGUCUUGGCUGUCCGCCAACGUCAGCAGGACAUAGACAAGAGGAUAGAAGAAAGCUGCCAGCAGCAGCGCCGGCUGCUGCAGCAAUUCCAGGAUUUGGGUGAAAUCGACGGAGGCUUGCAACUCGAUGGUGCAGCACUGCAAAGUAACACGACGACCUCUGCUGAAGGACAUACUGCAGACAUUGACUGGGCACACUCCCUUCGACAACAGCAGACAUACUUGCGGCAGAUGGAGGUAGAUCUUCUGCAGUUGAAGGAGCAACCCAAUGCCGGCAACCAGCAGAACGCGGGUAUAUCGUGA